AUGCACACGUGUUUGUUGCUCUUCUUACAUACACAAGAUGGCCGCCGAGCCCCCAGAGCGCGCGGGUUCUCUAGCAGUUCCACCGGCAGCACUAUCACGGUCUCCUCCCAAAACGGCAAAUGGCGACGGUGUCCUCCGGCAGCCGCUCUUGAAGCCGCUCCUGAUGCCAAAGGGCUCCGCUUGAGUCGUGACGGGACGCGAAAGGAAGUCACGUGCGGGGAAAUGACCAAACCUAAGGCGAAGCAGUGCCCGGCGUGCCACGCCCCAAACCCGAUGCAGGUGAAGACGUGCACCACCUGUGCCUUCAGUCUGCCGGUCCGGGACAAGAUCAUCAAACUUCAGGCCAACCUCAAGUCCAAGAACUGGGCCGAGACGGUGAAGAGGAACCACAACUCCAACAGAGUGGUCAACAGUUCCCUCAUAUCUAUGUCUAAACUCAGCGCUCUGGACUAUCAGCCCGUUCUGUUUCUGACCAAAAAGUCCAAGACGGGGAUGCUGAAAGGAGACCUGAUCCACUUCCUGCAGCUGGACGGAGAAAACAUCGACAUCAUUCAGGAGAUGCAGCGUCUGUACGAGCUGCUCAUCCACAAUCUGUCUGUUGGGCCCUCCCCCAUGACGCUCUAUGGGGCCCCCCCAUACCUGCUGGACGUGGGCCCUCACCUGCUUUUGGACGAGAACGGCUCUCCGGCAAACGACCCAAUGGAGGGGCCCUCUGGUGCGGAGGAUCCAGAGGAGGGGCCCUCUGGUGCGGAGGAUCCAGAGGAGGGGCCCUCUGGUGCGGAGGAUCCAGAGGAGGGGCCCUCGGGUGCGGAGGAUCCAGAGGAGGGGCCCUCGGGUGCGGAGGAUCCAGAGGAGGGGCCCUCGGGUGCGGAGGACCCAGAGGAGGGGCCCUCGGGUGCUGGGGGCCCGUCCGCCUCCCCAGCCCGGUCCCCACAGUCAGACUGA